UUCAUAAUGUGUUUGUUCUAAGAGUAGAUAAAAUGACACAAGUUUGUGAAAUAUGUCUUAUGCGUUUUAUAAGAAUUUCUAAAGUCACUUGACAUAUUCUAAGCACUUCAUAUUUGGUGAGACCUAAAUAUCAGUUAAUAAUUAAACAGUCGACUUUCGGUUAAUCGAUUUUGACCAUUUUGCGAAAAUUUAUUAUUUGGACUCAGAGGACUUCAAAAUGUUAUUUUUUUAAACGGAGAACUGAGGUAAUCGAAGAACUGAAGCCUGGAAAUUUUCAAAGCGUCAUUUACUCAAGUUUUGAUUCAGCUAAAAAGACCAAAGUUAUCAUUCAUGGUUGGCUCACGGCUGGAAAUAACUUCUUUUCGUGGCAAAUGAAAAAUGCGUAUUUGGACACUCAUGACUUCAACGUAAUAUCCGUAGAUUGGUCAGCCUACUCCUUGAACUUAUACACAGUGGCUCGUUGGUCUAUUCAUGCAAUCGGUCCAUAUGUUAGUAAAAUGUUGGAUUUCCUGGUCCUCGAGUUCGGUGUAUCCCCUGAAGACAUCCACAUCAUCGGUCACAGCCUUGGAGCGCACAUUGCGGGCUUAGCUGGAGAGCACAUGUCUGGAAAUAUUUCAAGGAUCACAGGACUUGACCCAGCAGGACCCCUCUUCAUCGAGAACGGACUUCAUCGAUUAGAUACCAGCGAUGCGGACUUCGUCGAUGUCAUUCACACUAGCAUCAGAUACGUCGGAUACUACCCUCCCAUCGGCCAUGCUGACUUCUAUCCAAACGGAGGAGGUCCCUUACAGCCUGGAUGUGGAUUUGAUAUAGGGUUUUGCACACAUCUUAGGUCGUACAAAUACUACAUAGAAUCGAUGUACGACAAGAAAGGUUUCGCGGCUAUGAAAUGCCUCAGUUGGAAUCAUUACUUGGAACAGAAAUGUUUCGAUGACAUCGCCUUUAUGGGGGAAGAUGUCUCCGAUAAAGUUCGAGGAAAUUUUUAUUUACGGACCAGUUCUGCACCUCCCUAUGGACUUGGGCUGCUUACGAACAAGGAUUCGCCGUGCCAUAGUGCACCGUACAAAUAAAUUAUACGUAUAAUUUUUAAAAUGUGUUGUAAUAUUUUGUAUAUACGAUUAAAUGUAUUUUUGAAAUAAUAGCAUUAAUAAAUGUUAAGUAUUUUCAAUAAAUA